AUGAUCAAUUUUCCUAUUUUCGAUGAAAAUUUGAGUGAAGAAUUUGUUGAUGAAAGUGUAUCUGUCUCUUCAGUAAACACCUCUCCAAAUUUGGAGAAGAACAUGACUGGAAACCAAUUCCAUUUUAGUAAGGAGAUGACUAGCAAGCUCAAAGCACAAUCAUGCUUAAAAGCCAACACUAGAAGUUCUUUUCCAUCAAUGGACGAUACUGUCCUAGAAACUCAGAAGCAUCCUAUUUUCAAAAAGUACAACAGACCAAGAAGGAUAACCAAGAAAAAGACUGAAAUCAAAAGAUCGCCUCAGCAAAUAACUAAAAUCGAAAAUCUACCCAAGAGUGUUUCUGAGUUGAAAGGUUUUGGAGGGAAAUCAAAAGUUUGAACUCAAGAUUUCUCCAAUAACUUCAAAAGGACAGUGACCAUGAGCGACAUCGAUGCUCCUGGCUGCUUUGAAGCAUAA